AUGUCCAUCACCUAUCUCCUCUUCCAAAUAUUCAUCCUCUUAACAACCCAUACCAUUCUUGGAUUGGCCAGCAUCAUCCAAACCACCAUCCCUUCAUGUCCUCAAACCUAUCCUCCUUGUGGCAACCUUUCAGACGUCCAUUACCCUUUCUCCCUCUCAAACAACCCUUUAGACCCCCCUUUUUCUUCCUGUGGCUAUCCUGGCCUCACCAUCUUUUGCCUUAACAAUACUAUCCCAAUCCUCCUUCUCAACAGCAACACCAGGACGCCGUCCCCUUCUGAUGGCUUCACCGUCACUAACAUUAACUACUCCUCCAACACCUUCGACAUCACCGACAACAACGAGCUCAUCAAUGACUACUGCUCCAUCAUCAACAGCAAUCUCACUUUGGACGUCCAAUCCUUUCUAAGCUUCACCGAAGCAGACGCCAACCUUACAGUUUUCAUAGACUGUCUUGGAGAGGGCCCAAAGGAGAACAUGAUUAAAUGUUUCAAUAAUACUGACACCAAGAACACCACGUCCUAUGUCUUUUUCCCACCAGAUGUACCUAUCCCUGGUGGAAAUGAUUUUUAUCAACGCUGUGGUCAGGUGGUGAUUGUGCCUGUGCUAAGACAAGGGGUUUUGGAUUAUAUUGAAGAUCAGGAAGAACUUGGUGUAGUUUUUGGAGAGGUGUUGAAGAAAGGAUUUCAAAUUGGUUGGGACCCAGCCGCGAGUUUGGAGGAGUGCAGGACCUGUGAGAAAUCCAACGGCCGGUGUGGGUUUAAGGUUACUAAUGCAAGUGUGGGUUCUAAUUGGGAGAUCACAUGCUUCUGCUCUGAUGGAUCACAAGGAAGCGACUCAUGUGGUACGUUAUUAUAA